CCUCACACCACAGCCAAAGGUCGUCCUCACCAUGACACCCCAAAGCCUCGCCAAACGAGCUGCCGCGCCUCAAAGACGGACCAGACGGCCCCCUCCCGGCAUCUCGCGCGAUGACUCCGACGACGAGCUCGGCAUCGACGACCUGCCGUGGGAGUGGAUCUACAACGUCGAGGCGCCAGAGCGCGACGGUGACGAUGCGCACAGCGAGCGCAAGAGAAGGAAGGUCUCGGGGAGCAAGAUCGUCGGCGCACGCAUGGGCACAUUUGAAUGCCGAGUCGGUGACACGGUGCUCCUCAAGGCGGACGGGUCCAAUGAGGCCUGGGUCGCCAUCGUCUGCGAGUUCAUCGAGGACGACGGCGAGGGGGACAAGGCGGCCAAUUUCAUGUGGUUUUCCACCGAAAAGGAGAUUCGCAACAAGAACAAGAAGCGCAACGACUUUCAAUGGAACGAGCUCUAUCUUUCGCCCUCGUGGGACGUGAACCCCCUCGCGUCCAUCAAUGGCAAGGCGACAGUCAUGUCCCUGGACGCAUUCAGGGACAAGUUCCCUUCUGGCAAGAUCCCGCGACAUUAUCCCGAGUUUGGUAAGACCUUCGUCUGUCGGCGGGGUUGCAACACCAGGACGGCAACCUACACGGACGAGUUCGUCUGGGAGGACGUCUACAAGGGCGGCGACGACGUCUUCUCCCUGAUCGAUCUCGUGGAAAAGGGCACCAAGGCGGUCCGCGGCAGGAGGAAGGCGCGCAGCCGGUCGCCUCAGGAGACUGCGUAUGUGCCACCGCAGACGCCAACCAAGUCGGCCGGGCGGGCGGCGACAACGACGCCUCAAUCAAAGCGAGGGCCCGGCUCGCAAAAACGGGGCACCGGCAAGAAACUCGAGUUCACCCCGCUGGCGAUGCGGAAGCUGUCCCCUAGCGAAGUCCAGUCGUCGCCCUUCCAAGUCGCCCGCUCGCGCCUCCACGUCUCCUCCGUGCCAACCAGUCUCCCGUGCCGCGAGGGCGAGUUCUCGCUCGUCUACUCACACCUGGAAGCAUCCAUCACGGACGGCACCGGCAACUGCAUCUACAUAUCCGGGACGCCGGGCACGGGCAAGACGGCCACGGUGCGCGAGGUCAUCGCGCGGCUCGAGGACGCCGUGGGCGCCGACGAGCUCGACGACUUCAUCUUUGUCGAGAUCAACGGCAUGAAGAUCACGGACCCCCACCAGUCGUAUACUCUGCUAUGGGAGGCGCUCAAGGGCCAGCGCGCGAGCCCCUCGCAGGCCCUCGACGGGCUCGAGCGCGAGUUUAGCAACCCGAGCCCGCGACGGACCCCCUGUGUCGUCCUCAUGGACGAGCUCGACCAGUUGGUCACCAAGAACCAGGCCGUCAUGUACAACUUCUUCAACUGGCCCACGCUGCGGCACAGCCGCCUGAUCGUGCUUGCUGUCGCGAACACCAUGGAUCUCCCUGAGCGCACAUUGAGCAACAAAAUCAGUAGUCGCUUAGGCCUCACCCGCAUUACCUUUCCAGGAUACACACAUGAACAGCUCAUGAGAAUUAUACAAUCGCGGCUGGAAGGCGUCCCCGGCAAUAUCGUCGACCCAGAUGCCAUUCAGUUUGCAAGCCGCAAGGUCGCCGCCGUGAGCGGAGACGCCCGAAGGGCUCUCGACAUCUGCCGGCGCGCAGUCGAGCUCGCCGAGGGCGACGUGCAAGGUGACCCCACGACGCCGAGCAAGUCUGGGGCGCACGAUGCGUCUCGCCGCGGCCGCGUCACCAUCGCGACAAUCAAGAAAGCCAUCAACGAGGCCACAUCCAACCCCGUCCAGCAGCACCUCCGAGGCCUGCCGCUGACCUCGAAGCUGCUGAUGGCGGCGCUGCUGAUUAGGAUCCGCAGAACGGGCCUCGUGGAGACGACAUUCGGUGAGACAGUAGACGAGCUUCAAAGAGCGACCGUCCACUCCUCGCCAACGAACCCGGGCAUGGCCCUCAUCCUGAACAGCGGCCUCAAGGGUACACCGGCGAGUGGCCACCGCGUCGUCACAAGGCCCAGCUAUGUGCACACGGCGGCGCUGGACCUAGUGGCGGCAGGCCUGAUAAACCUGGAGGCCCAUCGUGCGGAGCGCUCGAGUAAGCUGCGGCUGGCGAUUGCCGACGACGAGGUCAAGAUGGCGCUGCGCGACGAUGGCGAACUCAAGGCCAUGGGAAUAAUGGUGUGAUGGGCCUUGCAAGCAGUAGUUUAGGG